AUGAGUGGCAACACGCACGUCGAUGUCAUACUGGCCGGCGCAGCAGCGGCAUUCACAGUCGACCUGAUGAUAUAUCCCCUGGACACCCUCAAGACGCGCCAGCAAAGCCAAGACUUCGUCAAGACCUUCGCCGACCCAUCGACGCAGACCAAGCUGCCCUCGCGCCAGCUCUUCCGCGGUCUGUACCAGGGCAUCGGCAUCGUCGUCGUCGCCACGCUGCCCGCCGCCGGCACUUUUUUCACUACCUACGAGGCAGCCAAGACCUUUUUGGGGAAACACGCGGCGCAGGUCGGACUCCCGCAGCCCUUUGUUCACUCCGGCGCGUCGGCCAUCGCCGAGUGCGCGUCGUGCCUCGUCCUCACGCCCGCGGAGGUCAUCAAGCAGAACGCGCAGAUGCUGCAGCGGAGCUCCGGUGGCAGCAGUAGCAAGUCGACCUCGCUGCAGGCGCUCAGACAGCUCGGUCGUGGUGGGGGCCGCAGACUACUGUCGGGUUAUUCUGCGCUGGUGGCGCGCAACCUGCCGUUCACGGCGAUCCAGUUCCCCAUCUUCGAGGCGAUGCGCGCGCGGAUAUGGGCGCGACGGCGGUCCGGCGCGGGCGAGAAGUGGAAGCCGGGCCUGCUCGAGACGGGCGUGGUCACGGGGACGAGCGCGGGGCUCGCGGGUAGCUUUGCGGCGCUGAUCACGACGCCGAUGGAUGUGGUGAAGACGCGCUUGAUGCUCGGGGCGGGGGACGAGCAGGACGUGAAGACGGAGACGGCGAGGAGGAGGCGGGCUCGUGGGAGUUUGGCUAUUGCGCGCGAGGUGGUUGCCGAGAGGGGCGUUCCUGGGCUCUUUCGCGGUGCUCUGCUUCGGUCUGUGUGGACGGCUGUGGGGAGCGGGCUGUAUCUGGGCAUGUAUGAGGUUGCGAAGGUGUGGCUUACGAGAGGCAAGGGGAACGACGAGGAUGAUAGCUUUCCGUAA